UGCGCGUCACUCGAUCCCAGUCAGCUGAGUUCAUUGUCAAAGUGUAUCGAACGCUUCAAGAUCUCCGGCGGUGCAAGUUUUGCCGGUUUUGUUGAUGUUUUCCAGCAGUGAACACAUCUUUACGUUCCGAUAGAUAAAACCCAAAAGCGAAUCCCAUACACACCAUCAACACCCCCACACCAGAACCUAUCAGUAUUAAGCGAAGCAUUUCCAGAGGAGUGAAGCAUGUUCGUCCAAACAGAGUUCCCCAAGGCAAACACGAAUAACAACAACUUGACCCGUGGAGAUGAGCAGGACAACAGAACCAGCGACCUGCUGUUGCAGGACCUGGACCUUGUGUCCAGGUUCUGCCUUCCGAUAUGCUCGCAUGACAAUGAAGUGCGAGAGGUAGCUUUGGACGCCAUAUCGAAGACUGUCGAGAGCUGGUUGGACGGCAUGGGCAGCCCCAUGAACAGCAGGUGCAAGUCAAUGAACGAGAGGACGAGUUGCAACAACAUUGGAUCGCCGCCUGCCGAAUACAUGGAUCUGGUUGCCCUACAUUUACCGAUAAUCCUCAGGCUCAGUCUGAAUUGUCCCUUCGCCAACGUGAGGGAGAAAUGUCAACAUAUCUUGGAAAUCGUGAGGAUUCGUGGUUUACCAAUUCCCUAUCCUGUGAUAUUUGGACCUAGUGCUUUCAUUGAUGCAGAAGAGUUGCCACAUUUGGGCACCUGCAAUGAACAGACGCAAACACUAUUUGCAGACACCUUUCUGCAAACGAAUCGAUUGGACCAUGUCAGUCAGGUGAUGGGAUAUCAUCCUACGUAUUUGGACCAUUUUAUUAAGACCCAGAACUUCAUUCUGAGAGGUGAUGGACCAUUGCCCUACGAAUAUAGGCACUAUAUUGCAAUUAUGGCUGCAGGGAGACACCAGUGCAGCUAUCUGAUCAGUCUGCAGAAGCAAGAGUUCAUCCUGCAAGGCGGAGACCAGAGCUGGCUGAAAGGACUCAGUUUCAUACCCCAAAAAUUGAGGAAUCUGUAUGAAAUCAACAAAAUAUUGGCACAUCGACCUUGGCUGCUGAACAAAGGCCACAUAGAGAAAUUAACGAAAUGCGGCAAGGACAGCUGGUCUCUGGGUGAACUGGUGCACGCCAUCGUGAUUCUGGCCCAUUUCCAUUCGCUCUGUUCUUUUGUCUUCUCCUGCGGUGUGAACCAGGAAGUGGACCAAGAGGGCGCUUACAGGUAUUACAGCGAGAAGAUGAAGGAGGCAGAGGCUGAGUGCGUAGCUGCUGAGGGAUAUCCCAGGAACGUGCUGAGGCAAUCGACUAGGCCGGAGACCAGCAACGCAUACGCCAGUCCACCAUCCCCCACCACUGAACCGGAGGUGGCCAUAGUGGACCUGAUGCAACGCAUGAAGAAGCUUUCCGAGCAGACCCAAGAAUGCACCCCUGUGGAAUUGGCCAAGAGGUUCGAGAACAUCGAGACCCAGUCGGCCGAGAUAGGUGUAGUGGGGGCUGAACCACACGACACACCCGCUGACAUAACCUGUUUCGUCGAAGAGCCAAACUUCAACUAUCAGGACUUCGCUAAGAGGGUUGAUCAGAAGAACAUAAGCACCUUCAGGGUUCAGGACUACUCCUGGGACGAUCAUGGGUUUUCCACUGUUAAUAGAUUAUAUAACGAUGUUGGCAACUUGCUGGAUGACAAAUUCAAGACUGCGUACAAUUUAACUUACUAUACCAUGGGUGGACGAACAGAUGUGGACACAUCCCGAUUCAGGCGUGCCAUUUGGAACUACCUACAGUGCUUACUAGGAAUAAGACACGAUGAUUACGAUUACGGGGAAAUAAACGCCUUGUUGGAGAGAUCCCUCAAGGCUUUCAUCAAGAGCGCCUGCUGUUAUCCCGAAAGGGUCACCAAGAAGGACUACGACAGGGUACUCAGAGAAUUUAAACACAGUGAGAAGGUGCAUGUGAAUCUAAUGGUGCUAGAAGCUAGGAUGCAAGGGGAACUCCUGUACUCCAUGAGGACUAUUAAUCAAUACAUGACAAGAAGUUGAGAUGUGAACGGAGCCAUACUAUGGUGGUUAUCAAUUGUCAGUUCGAGAACAUGCUUAUGGAAUUUCAUGUGGUUUACGAAAAUUAUAUAACUACUUGUAAUGAAUGCACAAAACGCCAAUUAAGUAUAAAUUGACAAUAGGGAACGUUUCAAAGAUGAUUCCUAGAGAGAUGGUAUCACUUCAAAGGGUUUUUCCCAGUUCAAGCCAAAGUCCUUGUCGAAAACAAAAAAAAAAUAGUUCUCUCAAACCAAAUUGACGUUAUUUUUUUAUAUCGGUCUGUAAGUUAAGGAAGUACAUCAUGAAAAAGGGCUCUGAUCUGAACAACUUAGACAUAUCAUUGUAAAGGAGUCAAUCAUUGAUUUUUUUUUAUUUUUUUUUCGAAGCAAAAAUAUCCAAUAAUGAAUUGUCACCGUUAUUUAAAAAUGUAUAAAAACUUUUUCGCAGGAUAAUUGAAGUUGAUUAAUUUAUUCCAGACCAAAUUUUUCGAAUGUUCUCUAAUCAAGUCCAAAUAAUCUAUAUAUUUUCAGCGUUGAUUUUAGGUGCGUUAUAAUAUAUUUAUUUGAAUUUUUAUAAUUAGUUUUUCCAAAUUAAUAUUCUUCUCGGCUAUUAAAUAUUUUUCCAGAAUCGCUCGUUUGUUCAAUUCCUUUUGGUGAGUAGGUAUUUAUGUUCCAAGAGGAACGGAGAUUUUAUUGGCGCUAAAUUGAAUUUUUUCAACGUCCACUUCAGAAUAAAAUUAAAGUUAAAAAGUUCAUAAAGUAAAGAUACUAAAGAAUAAAAAUUUAGUUGUGAAUAAAAACUCAACAUUUAUGAUGGCAUGUGUGGCAAAAUUAACUUUGGAAAACUGAUAGACGUUGAGAAAAUAAAGCUAACUUUCCCAAUUUAAAAAUCCUGAAGAUUUUUUCAAGUUUCUUAUUUACAUCUUAAAAAAAUUUCUUUUUAGACUAAAUUUCAAAUUGUGUAUACAACUGACCUUCGGGGUGUUAAAUUUUCUUUUUUACACGCCCUGACAACUUAUACUCUUGCCCAAAAUUCAUAAAAAAUUCGAAUCGAUUGCUUAAUUGAGGAGUAUGUUGAGAAGCUGGAAGUUCCCGUUUUCUAGAAGAGAAGUCUAUUUAUUUUAUAUUCGAACCAAGUUCAACAAACGUAAUGAUCUCAGCAUUAAUAUAAGACAUAUUCGCCAUAAGUUUCAACAAAUUUGAAACUGAUUUCGAUUAUUUGGAUCUGUUGUAUUACAUUUCUUUUCUUAUUUUGAACCUUUUGUUAAUUUUCGUUUCAAAAAAAUUUAUCGUUGCUGUGAUGGUUCAAUUUAAUAAUUUUUGUUGUAUCACCGAUGAAUUUAGGUGAUACGAUUAUUUUUUUUCACUGAUUUGUUGAGGCUUUCUAGUCAAAUGAAUUAAAAUUCAUGAAUAAAGUUUUGCAAUCAAUGUAUGAAUAAUUCUUUUCAUGUACCUACUUAGGUUACUCAAUUAGUUUCGUUGUUUUUAAUUUUUAGCAUAUUUUAUCUUUAUGAAUGAGUGUAGCGUCAAACAAUUGAUUUUUUAUAUCGAAAUGAUGAAUUCAAUUUUUUAAAAUUCAGAAGUACAAAUAUCGAUUCACCAAUAAAAUUUUUCUGCAUAUUGUGAUUGCUUUAAUGAUUAAAAAAAAUAAUAAACCUUUAUGCAGAAUGUGCGAUCUGACUGGAAAAACCAAUUGUUAUACAAAAUGCUGUAUUAUACAAGAGGAAGCCUUUUCCAAUUUGUGAUAUUCAUCUAAAUGUGAUUACUGUGUAAUAGAUUUUAGAUUGUUCAAUUCAAUAAUUAUUAGUAAGUUUUGUUGAUGUUUAACGAUAGAACUUUAGUGAUAUGUUUUAAUUAAUCCUUUUCAAAUAAAGUAGUUUGAUUCCA